UUAGGAACGAUUUAGCAAAAAUGUUAAAAAUACGCUUUACACUUUUAGUUUUAUAUUAAUCGAAUUAACCGCGAUUUAGCUGCAAAAGUGUACAAAAAUCUAAUACAAUGACUGAAUUAAAGAAUGUAAAACCAGAAAACGGUCCUAAUGAUGCGAAUGAACCGGCGGAUUUUGAAAAAGCGAUUACUGAAUCAGGAUUUGGUUUAUUCAACUUCAUUUUAGUUGCCGCAGCUUUACCAAGUUGUUUUGCUACAGUGUAUGAAACAUCAACAAUGUCAUAUAUUUUACCAUCUGCCGAAUGUGAUUUAAAAUUAAGUCUUUUUGAUAAAGGAGUCUUAAAUGCAAUUACUUAUGCUGGUAUGAUAAGUUCAGCCAUAUUUUGGGGGUAUGCAGCAGAUACAUUUGGAAGAAAAAAAUUACUCGCCCAAGGAUUUUUAUCAAACGUUAUAUGUGUCACAGGAUGUGUUCUGGCUCAAAAUAUUUAUGUGCUAAUGUUUUUCAAGUAUUUCGGCGGAUUUAUAAUUUGUGGACCCUUUGCAGUACUUAUGUCAUAUGUCACUGAAUUUCAUGGAGUCAAAUACAGAUCCAGAAUAAUGAUGGCAAUGGGAAUGUUUUUCACAAUAGCGACAUUCUUUUUACCCUUGAUUGCGUGGGCGAUUCUUCCACAAUUUUGGAGAUACGAAUUCUUUGGUGGAUAUCUUGUAAUCAAUAAUUGGAGAAUAUUUCUUGCUGUGUGUGGCUUGCCAAAUUUAUUGGGGGGACUGGCCAUGUUAUAUUUACCUGAGAGUCCUAAAUUUUUAAUGUCUCAAGGUCGCAAUUCUGAAGCCCUAGAAGUUUUCAAAUGGGUAUAUGCGUGUAACACUAGAAAAUCAGCAGACGAAUAUCCAAUAAAAGAAUUGACCCAGGAGGUUCCCCAAAAGAUUGUUUUUGAUAAAUCUUCAACCAACGAUGAUAUUAAAUUAAAAAUUUCAACAUUAGCGGACAGUUUAAUGGAUGGUCUACGACAAUUAAAGCCGAUGUUUCAGAAACCAUAUCUAGGUCAUACAAUUCAUGUGUACACCAUUCAGUUUUUCAUUUUAAUGGGGCAAAAUACUGUGCGGUUAUGGCUUCCUCAACUAUUCACAUCAAUUGCAAAUUAUAUAGAAGCCAAUGAUAAUUCUACGAAUCCGGAUGAAAAUUCUAAUUUAUGUUCCAUGCUUGAAUAUAAUGUUAAUCUAACAAACCAACAUAUUUCUGAAACAGAAUUGACAACUUGCGAGGUUAAAAUAUCUGAUGAAAUGUAUGUCAAUACUAUGACGGUUGCUCUUUCGGGAAUAGGAGGUUAUUUAGUGGCUGGUGGGCUUAUCAAUGCAAUGGGUCAGAAGUGGAUAUUAGUCUUUGGUCUAUUAAUAUCGGGAAGUUCUGGUAUAAUAUUAUAUUGGGCUAAAGAUUCUUUGGCUACGCUAAUUUUAACCGCAACGUAUGUAACUGUUGGAAGUAUUUCAUCAACAGCUCUAUUAGGAGUUACCGUCAGUUUGUUUCCAACAUCGUUAAGAACGAUGAUUGUAUCGUUAGCAAUGAUGUUUGGGAGAUUGGGAGCGCUUAUAGGAAAUUUGUUAUUCCCGAUAUUUAUGACUCUCGGAUGUAUUCCACCAUUUUUAUUGGUUGGCAGUGUUAUGUGGGUUGGGAGUUUUUUGUGCUUAAUGUUACCACAAACUCAUAAAAAUGCUUUAAAAUAAGUUCACUUGAAAAUACAAAUUGUAGUGAAAGGUGCGUGUGCUGAUUUAUUUGUAUUAUACCAUUUGCGAAGCAAUUAGAAAAAAAUAAAAUCAAUUUUGUACUUAAUAUAAGUACUUACAUAUAUGUUUAUCCAAAAUUUAAAGAUGUAAAUAUUGCAUGAGUGCAUUAUUUUGAUAUUUAAAAUAAAAUUUGUGAAAUAAAUAAUAUAAUUUUGUACCACG